UUCUUUUUUUCGUCCCCCACCUUUAGUGCCCUUCUCCCCCAGGCACGGAUUUACUUCCGCGUCUCAGAUCCUCCCGAACAUUUACCGCCCAGGGGAGCUUUUACAGUGGAGACCCCUGGAAUGCUCCUGUCCCGUUGUUAUAGCUGACCUGGCCAACUCUAACCUCCAAUUCCUCCCCAGGAGCAUUGCACAUUACACAAACACCAGAAAAGAUGCAACAUCCGAAUUCGUUGGCGCUUCUGGGCGCUAUUUACGCUUUUACUCUGGCUGCUGCUGGCAGUGUGCCUAGAGGUGUUGGCCCAGAAUUUGCUUCUCACUACCAGGGCGAUGAAUUCUCUUGCAUCACCAACGCAGCGAUCAAAUUGAGUCUUGACCGAGUCAACGAUAACACGUGCGAUUGCCCUGAUGGCUCAGACGAACCCGGCACCGCUGCCUGCGCCAACCUCGAUCCUCUCUCCCCCGAACAACCUCUCGCCGGCUCCAUCACCGGCACCACAAACACCACCAAUGCCCUCCCUGGCUUCUGGUGCGAGAACAAGGGACAUAUUGGAAUGUAUGUUCCGUUUCUCUACGUCAACGACGGCGUGUGCGAUUACGAGCUCUGCUGUGAUGGGUCAGAGGAGUACGGUGGUGUAGGCGGUGUCAAGUGCGAGAACAAAUGUGCCGAGAUCGGAAAGGAGUAUAGACGAUUGGAGGAUGAGAAGAAGAAGGCUUUACAGAAAGCUGCGAUGAAGAGAGGUGCUAUGGUUCAAGAGGCCAAGGAUCUGAGACAAAAGGUUGAGAGAAAGGUGGAGGACUUGAAGAAGGAGAUUGCAGCGCUUGAAGUCAAGAAAGAAGACCUCGCCCAGAAGCACCGCGACGCUGAACAGCAAGAUAAGGGGAAAGUUGUCCGCGAAGGUCCCAGCGGUGGGAAACUCGGUGUUCUCGUUGGUCUUGCCAAGACACGCGUCAACGAGCUCAGGGAUACUCUGGACAAGGUUGUCAGCCAGCGUGACGCUCUCAAGGAGCGAGUCGGUGAACUUGAGGAGCUUUUGACAAAGUUCAAGACUGACUAUAACCCCAACUUCAAUGAUGAGGGUGUCAAGGCGGCGAUUCGAUCUUUUGAGGACUAUUCGGCUCGGCGGGUGGAGAGCAAGGAGGAGGUUGUUAGUGAUGAGGAUGUUUUGAGUGUUCUUAAGGAGGAUGGGGAGGGUGGUGGUAUUAAUUGGAGUGAGUUUGAGGAGGGUGAGGGAAGUGAUACUGAUAUCCUCUACAAUUUUGAGGCCUACCUCCCUCCUCCCGUUCGAGCUUUCAUCCACAACUCUCUCGACAACCUUCGUGUCUGGGCUAUUACAAACGGCAUCCUCGCCGACAACACAUCCCCCGGCAAAGAAUCCACCCUCGUCCGCGCAGCCCGUGAAGCCGUUGACGCUGCCAAGCGCGACUUCUCCGACAAAAAGUCCACUCUCGACGUCGAACAAGCCGAUCUCGAUUUCGACUACGGUCCCGACGAUAUCUUCCGCGCCCUCAAAGACAAAUGCGUAACCCUCGAAGCAGGCGAGUACACCUACGAACAAUGCUGGCUCGGCAGCACCAAGCAAAAGUCCAAAAAGGGCCACGGUCAAAGCAACAUGGGAAAUUUCAAGCGCAUUGACCGCGAAAUGGCAGACGAAGAAGACAGAAUCGACGGAAAGAGUCUUGGACGCGGAGAGAGGAUGGUGUUGCGGUAUGAGGAUGGUCAGCAGUGCUGGAAUGGACCGCAGAGGAGAACGGAUGUUUGGCUGGGAUGUGCGGAGACGGAGGAGUUGUGGAGGGUCAGUGAGAGUGAGAAGUGCGUUUACAGGAUGGAGAUUGGCACGCCUGCUGCUUGUGACUUUUCGAGAUGGGAUGUUGGAAGUCAGCCCAAGAAGCCCAGAUCUCGAGAUGAGCUAUAGGCAGCCAGCGGAGGGUUAGAAUGUUGGGAACAAUGUUGAUUAAGAUAGAAUACAACACGACUCGGUUUGCAUGAAUAUUGUAACGUCCAAGAAAAAAAGUCCCUGAUAUCAACUCCCCAACUCCCGCACCUUGAAGCAAAUAACAACCCCCUCCCCUCAUCUCAGCAAUUCUCUUUUCUGCAGAAUCUACCAGAAGCUGCACCAUCCUAUGUAGUGCUGACACAGAUUCUCUAGCUUAGUAGCCUCCAUGAUUAGCUUGUUGACCUGCGCAAUGACAUCCAGCUCCUCGUUGUUCUUAAAAUCAC